ACGUGACAUCCGGCCCGGAAGCGCUUGAACCCGAGCCCCCCGGGUGACCCGGCGGGAGCUGUUCACUCUGGCGGGUUCGCGAGUCUGCUACCAUGGCCUGGACCAAGUACCAGCUGUUCCUGGCCGGGCUCAUGCUCGUCACCGGCUCCAUCAACACGCUGUCGGCAAAGUGGGCAGACAACUUCAUAACCAAGGGCUGUGGAGAGAGCCCAGAGCACAGCUUCAGCACCCCUUUCUCCAGUCUGUGGGCUCUUGUCCUGCAGGCAGUGGGCAUGUUCUUGGGAGAGUUCUCCUGCCUGGCUGCCUUCUACCUGCUCCAGUGCAGAGCCGCAGGGCAGUCAGUCUCCAGCAUGGACCCCCAGCAGCCCUUCAACCCCCUUCUUUUCCUGCCUCCAGCCCGUGACAUGACAGGAACCAGCCUCAUGUAUGUGGGUGUACCCUGAACCAUGACCAGUGCCUCCAGCUUUCAGAUGCUGCGGGGUGCAGUGAUCAUAUUCACAGGCCUGUUCUCAGUGGCCUUUUUGGGCCGAAGGCUGGCACCGAGCCAGUGGCUGGGCAUCCUGGCCACCAUCGCUGGACUGGUUAGUGGCCUGGCUGACCUCCUGAGCAAGCAAGACAAUCAGCACAAGCUCAGCGAAGUGAUCACAGGGGACCUGUUGAUCAUCAUGGCGGUCAUCGUUGCCAUCCAGAUGGUGCUAGAGGAGAAGUUUGUCUACAAACACAACGUGCACCCACUCCGGGCAGUGGGCACUGAGGGUGCGCCUCUCGGUUUUGUGAUCCUCUCCCUACUCCUGGUGCUGUACUACAUCCCUGCUGGCUCCUUCAGUGGAAAUCCUCGUGGGACACUAGAGGAUGCCCGUGAUGCCUUCUGCCAGCUGGGCGAACAACCAUUAAUUGCCCUGGCACUGCUGGGCAACAUCAGCAGCAUCGCCUUCUUCAACUUUGCAGGCAUCAGCACUAAGGAGUUGAGCGCCACCACCCGCAUGGUGCUAGACAGCUUGCGCACCGUGGUUAUCUGGGCCUUGAGCCUGGCCCUGGGAUGGGAGACCUUCCACCCACUGCAGAUCCUGGGCUUCCUCAUCCUCCUGAUGGGCACUGCCCUCUACAAUGGGCUGCACCGCCCACUGCUGGCCUGCCUGACCAGGGGCUGGCCCCCUGCCCAGGAGUGUGAGCAUGAGAGACUGCUGGGAGGGCAGCCGGACCUCCCAUCAACGAAACCAGCUGAGCCUCCCUUGGGGCCUCCGCUGCCACCCAGUGCUCCCUCUUCACUGUUCACCCUGAGGCUGAGGCUACAUGGGCUGGGUGGCCUUGAAAACCCUGUUUCCUAAGGCCUUAUCCUACCCCCUCCCUGCUGACCCUCUAGGGCAGCUGCUGCCAUAAAGGGUGACAGGACAUCCAGCUCCUUUUCUGCCCACUGCCUGCAGGAUGGUGGGACCCACCACAGAUUGCCUGAGUAUAGCCAUGGACCCCGGCCCUCCCAGCAGCACUAGAGCUAAAUCAUGAAUUUGAAUGGCAGGAAUUUACAACCCUAGUAUUUCCUGAAUCAUAAACUAGAUUGUCAUGAGAAUUAUCUAGCUUAUGAAGAGAAGUCAAACCAGAACUAAGCACUAUCUUUUCUAAAACUUGUAAGAUAUUCCUAAACCUGUCUGGAGAUCUGGGUUUCAGCCCAGACUGCUGCAAACUCAGUGUGCUCCCUGAUAUGUUAGCUCUGGAAAGUUGGUGUCCAUGCUGUGGCCUUGGCACCUUCUGGCACAAGCAUUUUAUGGCCUCUUGAUUUUGAUCAACUCAAGGAGAGAGGAACAACCCCUUGACACCUCCCCUCCCUGUGCCUGUUUUGUUCUCAUUCAUACUCCCCAGGCCUCACUGCCUGGGAAGAACAACAAAGGAAUUCCAGGCAGCCCUUGAUCAUCAUUUAUGAACUUGCAUUUUAAAGAUGAGGAAACUGGAGCCCAGAGUUUUAAGUUUGGCAGGAGACUCUCCUGCAUCAGCUCUGACCAGGAUGUGGGGUACAGGUCAUGCAACUGGAUACAUCUGGAUCUCAAAACCCACCCCAGCUGCCUGGCUCAGAGAAGAACCCCACCACCGCCACCAGGGCAAUGCAUUUACCAGGAUUCUCCAGUUUGAGUAAUAACAGUACCCUGGGCAUCGUGCAAAGUGCUUAACUUGCUGUCGUGACAGCCUACAGAGAUGGGCACAAUGGAGAAAUCUGGCCCAGAGAAGGCUAAGGGCUCCCCCAUGGAGCCAGUAUUCUAGCUUAGUCUGAUUCCUGACCUGAGGCCCCACCCUGCCAAAAGGAUGGUAUCAGGACCCCGGAGAGCAGGCAGUAACUGCUCAUUGAAAUGGUUGAGCAGCACCUCAAACCAUUUUCCUGGGUGACUCUCAAAAUGCUGAAUGACUGCCUGAAGCGAGGUGUGAGGGAGACUGAUGAGCGAAACCCUCAGGUUGUGUCUGAUUUGAACCUGUUAUCACAAUUUGUCAGAGGCCUCCUGGGUUCUGCCAGUUCUAGUCCUGGUGGCCUCAGAGCUUCUCUCAGUAGUGUGUCACAGGAAGAGGAAAAUGAACAGAGGGUGAUGGAGACUGCAGCUGCCUCAUCUAAAAAACUGGCGCCUUUCAACGUUGUUUUGGAUUUUAUUUUUUGAAAAAGGGAAAUGGGCAGUAUCAAACUUUUUGGUUUCUUUCAGGAAAGGGAAGGGGCACAGCAGAGUCCCCAGGGUAACAUCUAGAAUGUUGGAGUAGGAAGCUCUUAAUGUAUCCAAAGCACAGAAAUCACCUAAUCCCCUACUCAUUGUCCAGAUGGAGAUACCAAAGCCCAGAGACUAAAAGGAACAUUCCCAAGUCACACAGCCAGUUACAGGCAAAGCCAGGUUUCCUGGUUCCCUAUCCUUGACCAUCCCCUUCUGCCACAGAUAGUGUUGCCCAGAGCUAACACCUAGAGUCUGGGACUACUUGCCUGCCAGAGGCUGCCACCAGUGUGCUCAACUGCAGACUGCUUAAGGGGGUGUUGGUGAAGUACUUGGCCUUCAUUUGAGUGCUGCCCAAAGGGACUUGAUUUUCACAUUUGAAGGGGUGGAGGGAUUACAGUGGGAGUGUGUGGUGAGGAGUGGCAGAACAUGAGAAGGGAGCUACUCCCCGCAAGCCCAGCUCUUCAGUCCCCUGCCACCUCAGCAAAUCACUUUCCCUCUGAGAGUCUGCGGUCUUCCUUCUAGUGUAGGAAGCCAGCCUCCCUCUCACAGGAAAGGUGGGGGCACUACCUAAGAGAGUAGCCUUGAAGGUGCUUGCCCCUGCCAUGGCAUGUGGCUUAAGGCUGUGCUGUCAUGGGCUGCUGCAUCAGUGGCUCUGAAGAACCAACUUCAUGCAGAGGGACAGAAACAGUUGUGGAAUGUCAAGUGCACAUCGGUUAUAGAUUAAACAGGAACCUGGAGAAGGUUUAUGCUGAAGGUAGGUGCCUACCAGACCUCUGGAGAUUGCUCACCUGGAGAUGAGGCUUGGAGGGUGGGUUUGAGAGGCCUUCUAGUUCCUGCUGCUCAUCUUCCACUCUGCUGCUGAGUCUGGGGGGGUUGGGGAAGUGUCUGGCAGUGGCCUACCAUUCUGAGUAUAUAAGGGAGCCCUACAUAGUGGAAGCCAGGGUGCGGGCCUAGGCCUGAAAUUAGAAUCGACUGAUGACAGACUGUGAGGUCUCUGGUCUAUAAGCUAACAUCACUGGGAGAGCAGGGCACUCAUGUUCUCAGCUCUGCUGCAGCCUUGACUAGUGAUGACCUUGAAGUCAAAUGUUAACCUCUAAGGCACUGACUGCCUCUGGGAGGGGGAGUUUCUUUGUAUCCCUGAGUGUGUUCACCUCCCUGGCACACUUACAGGUCAUUACUCUUGGUUUUGCCUUAACUAAGUGCCCCUCGGCCUUUUGUUGACUGCAUCCUUUCAGCACCCAAAGUUAGCAGGAGGUUUUGUGUGUAGCCAUAAAAUUUAUAAACCACCCUUCAUUAACACUUGUCAACAAAUUUUCUUAGGCAUGGGGAAAUGGAGUCUCACCCUUGGCAGAGAAUCUCAUCUUUCCCUUUGAAAUAGGCCUAACCCUAGAUGAGAACAAAUGGGAGCUGGGUUUGGGAAGGAUAGUCUGGAAGGGCAAGAUAGCCUGUAAUUAUUUUUUAAUCCUGCUAUUUUUAAAAAGGUGAAUGUGAAAUUUGUAUGUGUUGUAUAUUUGUGUCUCAUUUAGUAGCACACAAUUUUAAAUUAGCUGCCAUGAGAUAAAACUGAUGGACCCAGAAAGUCA